UGCCCUAGUGCAAUCGAAACCGUGGUCAAUUGAUAAAAUUUUGUGCAACCAAAGUAGCUAUAUAUACAUUCUGUAAUUAGAAAACUAACAUUUUGAGACUGGCUAUGUACUAUAGGAAUGAGCUAAAGUUUUGCUUUGCUUUCGCUUGAAAUUUUAGUCAUCACGAAUAUGGCUGUUUAUGCCCUCCCAUCCUCAGGGAUGUGGGUAGUCAGAUGUAGGAUCACAGUUUAAAUUGCUGCGAAUAAACAUUGUCAUUUAUAUUCUUUGCUGUCACAAAUACUUGGCUGUUGUUCUCCCUGCCCUCCCCUCAAAUACAGCAUGACCUCCGAGGGUGCAUUUAGGCGAGAACCUUGGGCACACCUUAAAUUGGCGUGUGUGAAAUGAGUAGCAAAUGGUAUUUGUUUUGUUGCUUGUCACAAACAUUUAGUUCUUUUUAACCUCUGUUGUUCAGUUGUCCUCAGUUACAUGUGAUAUCAAGUUGAUAAUUAUUACUUUCAAUCUAUCUAAUCACAACUGAAUAAAACACUGUUUUGUGCCAUAUGUGUUAUGCCUUAAAGGUGUCAGUCAUGAAUAAUACCCCCUCCCAGUUGUGAUUAAGCAGCUUGUUCAACAUAUAUGUUGAAAACAUAUGCAGGUGAUGCCAGGGGGAGGGGGAGGUUAGCAAUCCAGUAAAAACCUUGUAUUUCCAAAUAAGUUACAACUGGCUGGCAAGAUUGCAACAUGCCCUGCCCUCUGAUUGUUGACAGAGAGAAAUCUAGCAGCUACAUCUUCAUUUCAAUGCUUUUGAAGCUAACAUGCUCUAUUUCAUGGAAACUUCCUGUAGAAAGUGACAGUUUGUAGUAGCUGACAGUAUUUUGUUUGGCGGACAAUCAACAAGUUCAGUUUUGUUCCUCCCCUGUUUUUGGCAAUUAAUAAAAUAUGAGAGCAUGAUGAAAGGUAAUCAUUUGAAUUUUGUAUGAGAAAACUCAAAGCUUUAUAAAUAAAACAAACUUUAUUAACAGUCUACAUUUUUAUUCUUCAUGUCUACAUAUUUAUUUCUCAACAUAAUUAGGUGGUGACAGACUGGUUGACUGUUGGCGAAGCCAACCGAUGUGUAACAAUAAAAGGCUGUUUUCUUUAAAUGCAGUUUGUGGUUACAGACUGAACUGUGUUGUAGCCUGAAGCAUAAGUCAAGUUGGAGGGUGAGAGCCUAGUUGUGAGUUAGUGAGGCCAACAAUGUGUCAUAAUCUAUUCAUAUACACUGCAAUUUCCUUGGUUAUAUUUGCGUCACUGAUGGAAACCCCAAUUUUCCCACUGAUAUUGCCUGUCAGUGUGGUACCACAUUGUUAACUAAUCCAUCUAACUCUGCCAUCCCUGUAUACUCCCUCCAGGUGAACAAAAUGGGUUACUGAAAAGUAACUAAGAUUUCCAUCCCUGUUCAACAGCAAUAGGAAUCUGCACACUGAUACUUCCUUAAUCACUGCACACAAAAGGUGGUCACAUUGUUAAGAUUUAUACCUACAAAACCAAUGAAGUGAGUGGCAGGGUGAGUUUCUUCCUAUACCAUAUGCAUACGGGACGUACAAAGAAUGAUUACUUAAAUAUGUCUGAUCACACUGCAAUUAGUUUAAACAUGUUUUCAUAGCUCCUGAGAGAGCAAUAUGUAGCAAUUUGUAAGAACAUCCUUCAAUUAAUACUGGUUCUUGAAAAUUUGAAAGUGAUCUUUCUCUGACCAUUUGUGCUGUGCGUUCGGCUCUCUGGGUGGAGACAACUCGGAUGGACAUCAUUAUCAGGAGAAACAAAACUGUUCUACGGAUCGGAGCAUGGAAUGUCAGAUUGCUUAAUCAGGUAGACAGGUUAGAAAAUACAAAAGGGAAAUAAAUAAGUUAAAAUUAGAUAUAGUGGGAAGUAGUGAAGUUGAGUGGCAGGAGUAACAAGACUUCUGGUCAGGUGAAUACAAGGUUAUAAAUAUAAAGUCAAGUAACAGUAAUGCAAGAGAAGCUUUAAUAAUGAAUAAAAAAUAAGAACACGGAUAAGCUACGGACAGCAUAGUGAAUGCAUUAUUGUAGCUAAGACAGACACAAAGGAGAGGGGAGGGUAUUUGUCGAGUGAGACCAAGAGAUGAAUAUGCUAAGCGGGAUCAGAAGGAUGUAGGUUGCAGUAGUUAUUCAGAGAUGAUGAGACAUGCACUGGGUAUAGUAUCAGGGAGAACCGCAUCAAACCAGUCUGGACUAAAGAUCACAACCCCCCCCCCCCUACACACACACACACACACACACACACACACACACACACACACACACACACACACACACACCCUAUUAGUUCUAUUUGGUAUGGAUCCUGCACAUUUUGGCCAUAUUCUAGGAUGGGUUAGAGCCAGGUUGUGUCUGCAUUUCUCUAUUCAUCAUCUGGGAUAACAUGCAGUGUUUUACCAAUAGAGAAAUCCCUAAUCCAGUUACAAAUUUUGUUUGAUACCUCAUAUGAUUUGAAAUUGUGUCAAUAAGCAUUGAUGAGGUAAGACAAUGAGUCUUGGAAGUGAAGAAAUGUUGCAUCUAUCUAACUGCCUCAAUUUAUGGGAUUCAGGUUGUCACGUUAGAAAUGUGCAAGCCGGGUCUCACAUGACAUAUUUUGCGGAAUGUGGAGGUCAUUCUGUUCAAAGUAUCUUAAUGGAUUUGAGCCCAGGGUCUAUUCUAUCACUCUGCAACCAAUAAUAGAUAUUUUUGCAGAGCACUUCUACCGUUCCUGUAGAUGGGUGUGAUCCAAGAUUUCUUCCAAAUGACGCAGUAGUUUGUUCAAGAAAUCUAUGGUAUAUUAUAGUUAAAGGAAGAUGCAAUUAAACCAGCUUUUCCUACCUAGUAUUCUGUGAGCCCCACUGUUUUAUACAAGUGCUUCAAACUCUAGCACUUUGUUGUGAAUGAUUUGACAACUGAUUACAGUAAUUUAAAGUCUAUUAUGUGGGAGGGGAGGAUGAUUUCUUUCGAUUCUUCAGUGUCUCUUACAGCUGCCAACUGUCUUGGGUUGAGUGCCACCAAACCUAAAAGCUUUCGUGCACACCACAAACUUAGGUAAGCAGCCUUUGUUGUGUAGUACACACCUGAGGCAAUUAGGGGAACCCUACAGUUGUCAACACUCUGGGACGCGUCUAUGUAAAGCUGCAUACAACAGUCAAAAAACUUCAAAGUUCAGCCUAGACAAUAGGGACAAUCCCGGUUAGGAAACCCAAAACAUAAUCAUUGCUGAUAUCACUUCGUAAUUCUUGCUUACCCUAUCAAAAAAUUUCACAACAGUUCGCACUCUUAGUUUGACCGCUAGCAUAAAAUCCACUUCUACAUUUUACCUCAGUUUCCCUCAUUAGUUAUAAGAGGGGUAGCUGCAGGUGCGAAAAAUUCAUAUGCAUCCUAAAUUGAACAAAUUACGUAGAAACACUGCCAUUCAGGAGAAUUAUGAAGACGAUUCCGUGAUUUCUCGGAAGGGCAUAGGACACACUAAAUAAUAAUAAUAAAAAAGAUAAGUUAUCAUUAUCACGCCAAGCUCCAAUGCCAGAAACAACGUCUCAAAACAUAUUUCAUUCGCCUGUUUGAGCACGCUAUCACAAUUCAAACUCGUUUCAGUGUGGAUCAAAAGAUUGCACUGUUUACUUCUAAUGCCUUUCGCGUUACUUUAUUUACACUUUCGUAAUUGGCAUCACUGUCUGCGUCUAAAAGCAAGUUGGUAUCGUAGAUUGUCAAAUAUGGCGCAGUAUUUUCCACUACACAUUUCGUUUGCCAAUAAUCACGUAGUCUGUCCGUCUACGAGGAAACUGUGGAACAUAAGUGAACAAAUGCGUGAACAUAGUAUAUAACUUACAUUACUACAGUUAAUAUUACGUCUUAUCACUCCUGCUUAUGACAAAGCUCCAUUGCGCAGGCUUGACGUGAACUUCGAUCGCCAUCUUACAAUUCUCGUCAACUACGCCCUCACACGUAAACUUUGGAGUUACAGGCUAAUUGGAUGGUGAAACAUGAGUGAUAAGAGAAAAAAAUAUGGACUUGCUUCGGCCUCUGCACUUACCGCUGUGCAGAUCAAAAUGGAAGGCCAAGAAAAUCCUGAAACCAUAUCGGAUAUACAGAAUUACCUGGAAACAUUCAAUAAAGAAAUCCAAGGAGGAGAACAAACUGUUCAACAUGUUACAGCUGAAGUGGUUACCACUGAAGAAAAUCCAGAGGAGGGAACUUAUUUUGUGGACCAGUCAGGUCAUUACUAUUAUCAAGCAAAUGGUGAUCAGCAGCCAGUUAUGACAGUUGUAUCAGAGACAUCAGCAGAAGUAACAGAUGGGGCUUCUGAAGCAACAUAUGUAACUAUGCCUCAGGAGAGUACUCAUGUUGAAGAAACCAUUACAGGGUUGGACUCAUCUCAGGAGGCUGUGACUACCAAUGGAGCUGAUACUAGUAUGAUUCUAAACACAACAGAUACAUAUCAGACAGUCACAAUAGUACCAUCAGAUACAAAUCCAGGAGAGGUCUCAUAUGUUCUCAUUGUGCAGCAACCUGAUGAAAAGGAUGACAAAACUGAUGACCAAGAUCUUACUGUCUAUGACUUUGACGAAGGUGAAGAAGGUGGGAUUGCAAUGGAGUCAGGUGAUGAAGAUGACAAAACUAAGAUUAUUAAAAUCUUGCCCAAGAAGUCACAGACUGUAACACAAGCUCAUAUGUGUAAUUAUUGCAAUUACACAAGCCCGAAAAGAUACUUACUUUCCCGCCACAUGAAGUCACACUCUGAGGAACGCCCACACAAGUGCAGUGUUUGUGAAAGAGGGUUCAAAACUUUAGCAUCUCUUCAGAACCAUGUCAAUACACACACUGGCACUAAGCCUCACCGUUGUAAAUUUUGUGACAGUGCUUUUACAACAUCAGGUGAACUUGUAAGACACGUUCGGUACAGACACACUCACGAGAAACCCCACAAAUGUUCGAUUUGUGACUAUGCCAGUGUGGAACUCAGCAAAAUGAGGAAUCACAUGAGAUGCCAUACUGGCGAAAGACCUUAUCAGUGCCCACAUUGUACAUAUGCAAGUCCUGACACAUUCAAACUAAAGAGGCAUCUCAGAAUUCACACAGGAGAAAAACCAUAUGAAUGUGAUAUAUGCCAUGCGCGAUUUACUCAGUCAAAUAGCUUAAAAGCCCAUAAACUUAUUCACAGUGCUGGCGAUAAACCAGUGUUCCAGUGCGAAUUAUGCCCUACUACAUGUGGACGGAAGACAGACCUACGCAUCCAUGUACAGAAACUUCACACUUCAGAUAAGCCACUCAAAUGCAAACGGUGUGGGAAAUCGUUUCCAGAUAGGUACACGUACAAGAUUCAUAAUAAAUCGCAUGAGGGAGAGAAGUGCUUCAAAUGUGAUCUUUGUCCAUAUGCAUCUAUCUCUCAUCGACAUUUGGAGUCCCACAUGCUUAUACAUACAGAUCAGAAGCCUUACCAGUGUGAUCAGUGUGAUCAAAAUGGGGAAAAAAUUAAUUUGUGUUUGCAGUCAUUUCGACAGAAGCAGCUUCUGAGGCGACAUCAGAAUCUCUAUCACAACCCUAACUAUGUUCCUCCACCUCCACGGGAAAAAACGCAUGAAUGUCCAGAAUGUGGCCGACCUUUCAGGCACAAAGGGAAUCUCAUACGACACAUGGCAGUACACGAUCCUGAGUCUUCAGCGCAAGAAAAAGCUCUUGCUCUCAAACUCGGACGUCAAAAGAAAAUCCAGAUCAUUGAUGGUCAGCAAGUUGAAGUAAUGGCUGGUGAGGAUGAGGAUGAAGAUGACGAAGAUAGUGAAUCAGAAAUGAUGGCAGUUGAAGGACAAGAUGGGCAGCAAUAUGUUGUUCUCGAAGUAAUACAGUUACAGGAUGGUGAUGGAGAUGACCAAACAGUUGCUGUAGUAACUGGAGAUCCCAACCAUAUUCAGGGCCAUAACGUUGGUAUCCACGCAGGGGACAGUGAUGACGAAGGCAUACUGAGUACUCAGCACAUAGCAACUGAGUCCAGUCUGACAGAUGAUGAAGAUGUCAUACACACACUCCAGGGAAGCAGAAAAUUGUCGAGAAAAGAUGCCCUUGCCAUUAGGAAAAGAAUUGAAAGUGAAAAGGAUGUACAAACAUGUUUUGGAUUUGAUGACGAGCCAGACGGUGAGGAUGAUGACGAUGAUAAUACCAAGACAACGAUUCAGCUUCUGGAAGCAAUACGUCAGUAAAUUGUGAUACGUUAUUUAUAUACAUAUAUAUGACUGUGCAUUAUGAUCAGUACAAUCUGACACUUUACUGUGCAGAAGGUGGCUGUUUGAUGAAACACAUUCCCAAAGAAUGUCAGAACAAUAAGCAGCAGAAGCUGCUGUUUGACUUCUGUGGUUAAUUGGACAUUUCUGAACAGUGGAUCCGCCCUUUAAUGUAAAUAGUGUAGUUGCCAUGUACAUAUUAAUGUUCAGAGUGUCAAUUCUAGCAUUCUAUUGUGACUAUAGCUUUUUUUAAAUAUUCGAAUGGAUAUAAUGUACAAAUAUCAAAUGUUUAAAACAUUUGUAAAUCGGACAGAAUUUUCUACAGCAUGUUCUGGUUUAUCCAGACUGUGCAAUAGCAGUUCUCUAUGAGAAAUACUACUAAUGUUAUAACAGCAUACUUGCAGAAGUACUUGUUAUGUGUAUAGUCUUAGUGAGUUAUCAGCUGCAUGAAUUGUGAAUGUCAUAGUUUUCUUUAUUUAUACAUUUUUGUCACAGACAAUGACAUAUUUAAAAUCUGCCAGUGCUUGUUUUGCUCUUUUCACAUCCAGAAGUAAUAUGUUCUGUACUGAGAAAGAAAGAAUGGGCUGUGAGUCACUUUCAUCAAGAAACUGGAAAUAAUUUUAUUUCCUAAAACUGCAUAAACAUAUUAAUUGCUUCAAUUUUUAAGUGCAGAGAUGUUUGUUUGUUUGUUCAGUUAAUGGUAAUUUUUACCGUGUAAAAAGUUACUCUUUUUUCAGUGAUUAUUUCACUUUAUUUUGUAUAACUGCAACAACUCUUGUGCAUAUUCUCAUCAUUGUGGUACGUAAAUGUUAUGCAUAAGUUUGUCAAAGAAAGACCAUCAGAUGUAAUUUUUUUUUUAAGAUAAAUCAAUCUUUUGACUGCCAUCAGUACCAAAGCUCUGUAGUUUGCAGUAUGAAAGGUGUAAAAUAUUUUCAUGUCAUAAAUAUGUUCCAAGUAAGAUAGGGACUACCUCCCAGGCACCAUUGGACACACUAUGAAAAAGCUGUUCAAAGUUUGAACAGAAACACUACUUAACAUAUAAGAGGUGUGUGUCUGUGUGUGUGUGUGUGUGUGUGUGUGUGUGUGUGUGUGUGUGAGGGGGGAAGAGGUACAGAAGAAAUUAUUCUAAAAGGAGUAUGGAAAUGUUUGUGAUCCUAUAUUCAAAUAAAAAGCAUGAAAAUGGCUGAAGAUUCUGUAAUACGUAAUGCAAAAUGUGAAGAUUUUGUCAUGAUGUUUCUACUCUAAAUGGAAGUAAAUUAGCUAUGUUUGAAGGAACAUGUAUGUAAAUUAUUGUGAAAUUAAGAGUCAAAAGAUAAAUAUUGAUCUGUUUUGUGAAGACACUGUGAUAAAUUAAUUACACUCUUACCAUAUCAUGAUAUUGUACACUUUCAGAUAUUUUCUUUCAUUAAUCUUGAUGGCUGCCAAAAUAUUGACCAGUUUUAACUUGUCAUUUAACCUUACACCUUUCAUAUGUAUUGUAAUGCGUCUUUUGUUUCUGACAGAUCACACGAUUUCUGUAAAUGUACCUGUUUCGUCUUUGUGAAGAUAUUUGUUAUGAUGAUCACAUCUGUUGCAGCGAUGAGAGAAAUAUGCAGUAUUUUGGGGAAAAAUACAAAAUAUAAUAAGAAAAAUGCUCAUUCUCUGAUUCCGAAUAAAUUGUUUCAUUGUUUUAAGAA